ACGAGCAUGGGGACCUUUGUCGCAGAGAUCUUUGUUGACUCGAUGCCGCUCACCGCCUCGAACUUUCUCGAUCUCGCGCGGAACGGCUUCUACGACGGCCUGCACUUCCAUCGUGUAAUUCCCGGCUUCAUGGACCAGUUUGGCUGCCCCUUCACGAGAGACCCGCUGAGCCCGCGCGCUGGGACGGGCGGUCCACCGCCCGGCUCCACCUUUGUCAACCUCGCCACCGGCGAGAGCAUCCGGCGCAGCGCCGACGGGACCAUCCCCGACGAGCACACCGCGCGGAUCUCGAACGCGCCCGGCACCCUCUCGAUGGCCAACACCGGGCAGAAGGACUCGGGCGGCUCGCAGUUCUUCAUCAACGUGGGCCAGAACGCCUUUCUCGACUGGUUCAGCCCGGGCCGCUCCCAACACCCGGUCUUCGGGAAAGUGGUCCAGGGGUACGAUUUGAUCGUCAGGAUCUCAAAGGUGCCGACGCAAGCCGACCGGCCACUCGAGCCCAUCACGGUGCAGUCCAUUGUCAUCACGUGAAGGAAGGCUGGUCCCCCGUCACACAACACUCUCUUCCUCGCUUCACUUGCGGGGGGGGGAGAGCUCACACCACAGCCCCACGCGCCCGGCCCCACACCCGCGGCGGCGGCCACCGUCGCCUCCAGCCGUGUCUGAUGUCCGCUCUUAUCUUCCAGGUCUCCUUGUGUUAAGGAGAUCGGCGGGAUUGCACUUUUUAGCAGCUUUU